GACAGUCACAUAUCAGAAGUCCUGCUACUGAAAACACUUGAGAUAUAACCUGCAGAAAUGAAGGCUCUUCUAUGGAAUGUGGUAUUGCUCUGUUUUCUGACGCAUGUGCUUUGUGAUUGCCAAAAGGAUUGUAUCACCUGUAACAAGCAUUUAUAUCAGCCCAACAACUUCAACACUCUGCUUUGUAUUGUGGAGUGUGAAGGGAAGAUAUAUUCAAGUACAAUGUGGGCUGUAUGUAAAACUGUCCUUGUGAAAUCCUCCAUUCAACUCAGCGUAGAUAGUUUUGAAGAAGAUUUUAAACCUUUCAAUCUGGAAGACGGUCAGUUUGCCACCAAUUUCAAACGACUUGGCGAUCUCACAAAAGUGAUUGAUCUAAAUAAGAUCAAGGAUGAGAAAAGGUUGUCUAAAAUUAGCAAUUUGAUCCAUGAACAGACUGAAGAAGAUACCAGCAUUGAUAGUGGCGAAGCUACACUUGGUAUGACCACAGAACCUGAUGAAUUUGGUGACUUACAAGUUCCAGGAAAUGCCAUGUCCAAGCGGUUUGGUGGUUUUGUAAAAGGAAAAUAUAGCUACAGAAAAUUUAUGGGGCCGUCAAAAGAUCUACAGAAGCGUUAUGGUGGUUUCAUUGGAGUUAGAAAGUCAGCCAGAAAAUGGAACAACCAGAAAAGGUUUAGCGAGUUUCUGAGACAGUACCUGGGAAUGUCUACACGCUCAGCUGAAUAUGACAGUUUCACCAAUGACAUAAAUGAACUUAAUGAACGAAAUGAAAUAUAAGGCUCUUGUAUAUCAAGGCACAUAGUUAUUUGAUUUAGAACUAAGACAGCAAAAAGUCAACCUCAAUCUCAGAUUAUAGGAAUUUGUAUCUGAGAAACACCUGUGAAACACAUUAGAGUUUGAUACCUGAUUAUGGAAUAUUAAAUCUUCUCACUGCCCAAUAAUGAAUUCUGAAACAUUUAGAUGGAUCUAUACAAAAACAGGGAAAUAAUUAAUUUGACAUUGAUACUAUUAAAAAGCCGGCCAUGGUUUGCAGAAUGCUUUUAGGUACAGAACCUUUAUUUUAUGUGUAUCUUAAUUCUGUAAAUAUAUUGCAUGCAGUGGAGUUGCUUUAGCUUUGACUUAUGAUGCCCAAGUUGCCGUUCUAACUGGAUCUAUUAAAAUCGACUGUGAACAUUAUCAUAAAUUCCACCUCAAAUGUUGUUUUCAAAGUGUUAUUAAAGAAAAAAAAAAGC